AUGUUUUCCAUCCUUUCAACUUCGGGGUAUGAUGCAGGAAAUAGUAGCAUUGAUGUCUCGAAAAAUUUAUUUGGAAAAACACCAAAAGGCAGACGAUUGCCCCCGGCUGGAAGGAAUGCAACAAAGACUCCCGGUAAUCGAACACUUCCAAGAGGCACUAUUGCAGCUGUAUGGGAAGGUCGAGGUGCUGAUAAAGGAUUUAUUGGUUUGGCUUGGGCUGACGAAGAAAAUGUGGAAUGGAUUUUGACAGAGUUCCGAGAUUCUAGUGGGUAUACGACUUUAACCUCCUUGCUUCAUUUAUGCGAUCCGAGUGAAGUCUUGGUGGUGGAUUCUGUCAACGACAAGGCAGCAAGUAUACUGAUGAAUGAAGCUAUCAAGUCUACGUUGCCAUCAGUUGUUAUCACAUCAGUACAAAGGAGAUUUUAUAACGCUGAAAGAGGAUUAUCAAAUAUCAAAGCUUUGUCAAUUCAUGCUGAGGUUUUAAAGUCAGCAGAGGAAAGACCAUAUGCAUGCGCAGCGAUGGGAGCAUUGAUUCGAUUUGUUGAGUUCAAAAAUAGCAUCAUCUUAAGCUCGGCAACGAUUCCAUUUAAAUUGCUAGAAGUGACACAUGCUUGUCUAUUAGAUCAUGCUUCGUGGAAGAAUUUAGAAAUUGUGGAUGAGUCUUUCGCAAGAAAAGAAAAACGAACUUUAUUGACGGUCAUCGAUAAUACACUUACAGCUAUCGGAUAUCGGAUGCUCAGAGCAAAUGUAAUGCAGCCACUCACCGUUGUUUCGGCAAUUGAACGGCGCCAGGAGGCGGUGAAGGAACUCCUCGAAAACCCAGUGGCCUUUGAACAACUUUCGGCUUUGCUUAACCGAGUUUACGAAUUAGAUGGCGUUGUGAAUUUACUCUGGCUUUUCCAAACGUUGAAAAUUGUUCCGUCGCUUAAAGAAAUGCUUUCAAAAUGCCAAGCUCCACUUCUAGUGGAAUGCAUGAAUCGUUUGAAUGACGAACGAUUAACGAAUAUGGUUGAUAUUUUAAGUGACACACUUGAUGAUGCCGUACUAAGCAUUAAAAGAUCUUCGAUCUCUUUGAUACAACAAAAGUUAUACGCUAUUCGGCCAGGCGUUGAUCCAAGAAUUGAUGCAGCGAGGGAAGUUUAUAUGCAAAAGUUAGCUUUAGUUGAAGCAAGUGUUGGAGAAUUGGAGAGCGCUCUUCCCGGUCACAAUACUCGUUUGGCUUAUUCGGUUUCAAGAGGCUUUCAUUUUGUGUGGAACACUGAGCCGAAUAGUGCGAAAUUACCGUCCGAGUUUUUAAACGAAGUUCGCCAUCGUACUUGCAUCACAUUUUCAAGCUUAAAUCUACUUAAAUUGAAUGAGCGAAUCAACAUUGCCGAAGCUGAAUUACUUGUAACUUCUGGAAUCAGGAUUAGAGAGUUGAUUGUCUACAUUCGCCCACUUAUCGGCUCACUUUACGCACUGGUUGAUGAUUUAUCUCUACUUGAUAUGCUUCAAUCAAUGGCAAUAUACGCUUCAAAUACGGAGUCUUGUCUUCCUAAAUUCUGUGAGGAUAUAAUUAUUGUGAAAGGAAAACAUCCCAUUCUUGAUCUGCACAAAUGUAACAAUGUGGUGGCAAACGAUAUGUAUUUGACGAGAGAUAACCGUUUUGCAGUGAUCACUGGACCGAAUAUGGCUGGAAAAUCGACUUUCUUGAAACAGCUGUGUCAUCUCUGUAUUCUGGCUCAAAUGGGCUCCUUUGUCCCAGCAUUGAUGUGUAAAGUUCCAAUAUUUAAAAGAAUAUUUUCUCGUAUCGGACACAACGAUAGCUUGAGACAACAUCUUUCCGCGUUUGCUCUGGAGAUGCGGGAUAUGGCGGCAAUACUGGAUGUUGCAAAUCGAGAGGCGCUAAUUGUUAUUGAUGAACUUGCCCGUUCGACUGCAACCGAAGAAGGAAUAGCUAUUUCAUACGCAAUCUCAGAGGAGCUGAUACGCAAACAAUCUUACACAUUGCUCGCCACUCAUUUCCUUGAUUUGGCUGCCCUAGAUGUUACCUAUUCAGCAGUAGUCAAUUUCCACUUCAAGUCGAUUGAUGAAGAUGCAAAUUUUGAGGCAACCAGACAUCGUCUAUUCAAGGGUCCCUAUAAAGGACCACUUUAUGGGUUCGAUAUUAUUCAAUUGGCGACUUUCCCAAAGGACCUGAUCGAAGAAGCUGAAGCAAUUGCUUAUCGGUUGAGAGCCGAAUCAGAGCAAAGAAGAGAACUGGAUUGCAGUACGCUGAAACGGCGCGCUUUUCUUCGAACCGGACAUCGUCUAAAAGCGGCUUUAUCUCAAUUGCGGAUUGCUAACCACAAGGCUCGUUAUGAAUAUCUUUCUUCUUUACGAAAAACGUUGAAGGAAGAACUGAAACAACUGUCGGAAAACUACGAAGCCUCAAAUCAAGAAACCACAUCAGCUCAGCAGGAAAAAUUCGAUGUCGAUAGAAUAUUGGACGAGUUUGAGGCUCAAUUAAAUGAUGACACACCAGAAUGUUUGCCCUCGGAUUCAGAAUGCGAAAACAGUCAACAGGAUAAACACGUAAUGGCUUGGUUGCGUCCGCCACCCGCCGGCACUCAUCUGUACCCUUGGGUCCCAGAUGCGAUCUUCAUCCCCAUCUCGCGGGCUUUUGAGCGUGUUGGCGUUUAUUUCUAUAACAGGGUGUUGAACAAGACUGAAAUCGGACUCUUCAACAAGAAAUGGAACCCAAAGGUUCACGGCCCUUAUUGUCAUUGGCGAUAUUAUGGAAAACCUGAUACCAAGCUUUUUGAUGUCAAGAUCGCUGAUCUGCCUGCAUGGAUUGGACGUCGCGAAAAGACCCCCGGCGCUUUCUACAACGAAUUUAUGCGAAACGUCUGGCGUGUUCAUAACCUCUAUUACUCGGGACCAGUGUUCAACAACACGAUCAAGACGAUCUUCCGUUUCAUCUUCUGCUUUUCGUUCUUGAAUUGGCUCGUGAAGUCUCACCGCUAUCUUGAUUUCCAAAAGACGUACUAUCACUGG